AAUAGUACAGGGACCAGGGAUUUGUUCACAAACCAAUCUCACGUGGUUCGUUGCGCGUUCUUAAAUUGGCGGGGCACGACGUGGAGGACUUUCGAAAAAACGUCACAACAGUGAAAUAUGGUGACAGGCGUCCAACAUGACCUGAUGAAGCAGGCACAGUGCUUUUGGUCAAUGCUGGAUGAACUUGCAGAGACCGAUGAAGAUGCAUACAGGAAGUUCAUGGCCACAAACCUCCAAAGAGGACAGCAAGAAUUGACACCGGCCAAGCCAUGGAUGUCUGCCAAGACCCGUAUCAUGGAAGAAUUGACUCGUCUAGUCCCAGACAAUACGAGUUACGUCUGCCACUACCAGAGAUAAUACAAGAAGACGAUUCCACAGCCAAAGUCAACAGACAAACAUCAUCACUCACUGUUGCCAUGCCAACCAGGAUGGAAAUAGUUUGCUUGUGUUGGAACGUGGUCUUAGUCUGACCAAUAAUGGGAAAUCCUCAGAGUAGAUUCGCUCCAAGAGAAACAAACUUGGAUGAUGAGCACCCCCAAGUUCCAGGUACCGAAUCAAAUGUGGACGAUGGGAAGCCCCAAGUUGCAGAAGAGACAUCUUCACCAGCAGUUGAAGAUAUUCCUUCUACCCAUCCCAAAACAAACUUGGAUGAUGAGCUCCCCACUGUUCCGGAAUCAAAUGUGGACGAUGGGAAGCCCCAAGUUGCAGAAGAGACAUCUUCACCAGCAGUUGAAGACAUUCCUUCUACCCAUCCCAAAACAAACUUGGAUGAUGAGCUCCCCACUGUUCCGGAAUCAAAUGUGGACGAUGGGAAGCCCCAAGUUGCAGAAGAGACAUCUUCACCAGCAGUUGAAGAUAUUCUUUCUACCCAUCCCAAAACAAACUUGGAUGAUGAGCACCCCAAUGUUCCGAAAUCAAAUGUGGACGAUGGGAAGCCCCACGUUUCAGAAAAGGCAUCUUCACCAGCAGUGCAAGACAUUCCUGCUACCCAUCCCCAUAAUGUCAUGAAAGCCCUGGAAGCAGACGCCAACAAGCCCGCAGAGAAGCGUAAAGCAGAGGCGACGGCUCUGAAAGAUCAGGGGAACCAAGCGUUCAAGAAGAGCAAUUACACACGAGCCGUUGAGCUCUACACACAGGGCCUGGAGCGUCUAAAAGACUUUGUGGUGCUGUACACCAACAGGGCACAGGCUUACAACAAAUUGGGAAAGUUUACAGAGGCAAUGGAGGACUGCCGGACUGCCUUGCAGUUGGAACCAAACAACGUCAAGGCAUUGGUGCACCUUGGCAAGGCCCAACAGGGACUGAAGGAUUACGAGGUGGCUGUUACGACUUACAAAGAAAUCACCAAGAUUGACGAGAAGUACGAAAGUAAAGUCGCAGGCUACAUUGCAGAAGUGAAUCUAGCCGAGUCCACAGCCAAGUCUGAUAUGGAGGCUGAGAGGCUGUUGAGUGAGGGCGAUGUCAAAGCAACGGGCGUUCAUGAGAUCGGACUCGGUGACGUAACAGACAGUCAAGCAGCUCUGACCCAACAACUACCAGAUGAUCAACAAACGACUCAGUCUGGCAGUGGACAGCCUUCCCAGCAGGAACCAACGCAACAACCUCCGCCGCAACUACAGCCAAGACCAGAUUACCCACAAAGAAGUGAAGCCAUCAUAGGAAGCAUCAGCGGUAGCCAGAACCCUGUCAUUGUUGGUUCAAAUGAAGUAAAUAUCAUUUACAACAAGCUGUCAGAGGGACCAGAAACCACCGGACUCCAGGAAUCGGGUACCUUUGAGGAUUUGCAACAGGAAAUUAUUGACAACUAUGAGCAAACUGCAACAACUAUUCCUGCACAUCCUACACUGCAGUCACGUAAUGUGGGUAUUGAGGAAUUCUUUAUUCCACUGAAUCUCAGAAAGAACAUUUCAGGCAAAACGAAAUCAGAGAGGUUGGUCACAUUACUAAAACAAAACAUAUUUUUGGAUGAAGCACAAAAGAUAAUUCUCAAAUCCGUUGAUGAUUUGUUCAAUCAGAAAAUAGUUAAGGAAAUCAAGAUUCUUCUUUAUGGUGGGGCCGGGACGGGUAAAACAACCCUGUUAGUGAAAGUUGUAAACUCCUGCAUCACACUCAGUUCAGAACCCCUUCUCGGUAGAUUCGAUCUUGUGCUUUGGAUUAAGCUGAGGCAAAUGCAAUCAAACAGUGUCUUGGAUGCCAUAUUUGACCAAAUUCUACCAAUUGACACAAAACUGGACAAAACAACAGUGCAACGUAUCAUUGAUGGUAAGCAAUCACGCAUUGCUUUGCUGUUGGAUGGAUUAGAUGAAAUUCCGUCUCAUGUUUUGCAAUCUAAGGAGGGCGUGUACAGGGUUCAAGAUAUCUUACACAGCAGAGUCCUUACAAAAAGUUUUGUGUUGGUAACUACUCGACCACACAUGAUGGAAUAUGUAUUGGAGGGUAGCAACCCGUACGCAGUGGUUGAAACAUGUGGCUUCAGACCACAAGACAGAGAUCAAUAUAUCAGAUUAAACCUUUCUGAUGAUUCUGACAUGGGAGAGGCAUUGAUUUCACAUCUAGAAGACAAUGCAAAUCUCAAGGAGAUGGCUGUAAUUCCAAUCAUUUCCCAGAUGUUGUGCCUUGUUUGGAAGAAUGAAAAGUCAUUGCCUGAGAGAAUUACCAAGCUGUACGAAAAGUUUGCGGUUGUUCUUUUCAAGCGCUGCAAUAAAGAUAUGAAUGAUGAUCAGGUGAUGUUAAACUUGAUGCCCAUCAUUGAUGACUUGGGGCGUGUUGCAUUACAAGGGUUACUAGACUCUAGAGGGGAAAGACUCAUGUUCAAUGAAACUGAAUUUCAGGAUUGUCCGUCUUGCUUAGCUGAGGGUUGUCGUGUGGGUUUCGUUCUACGUGAAACGUUCACGAGUGGUCUGGAUGUAAAAGUGCUGGUCACUUUCCCCCACAAGUCCAUCCAAGAAUACUUUGCAGCAUGUCACCUGGUGAAAUUGCUACAAGAUGACGAAAACAAUUUCCGUCAUCAGUUGGAGCAGAUUGGAGAAGGAAAUGUUUUUGCGAUGGAAUACCUGCUGAGAUUUUGUUGUGGUAGAUCCAUGCAGGCUGCUGGUCUCAUUCUGGAUCACAUACAAGAGAUGCAAGGUGAUGAGAUGAAGCUGCAGAGAUUGGCUCGGUUGAUAUUGUGUGAAUCUGGUUCAAAAGAGUUGGCUACCAAACUUGUCAGACCAACUAGGGUAGAGUGUGAGAGUAAUGCAGACCUGAAAUCACUGAGCUACUACUUAAAGCGUGUCACUCCACCACUUAAAAAUACAGGCUUUUACAUGCAUGUAAGAAAGCAGGAUCUUAACCUUUUCAGGGAAAUUCUUCUGAGUGACAGCAUGGAGUCGGCUAAGAUGAUAUUUGUUCACUACAUGUUGUCUGAGGAGGAGAAGGAGGAUUUCAGUCCCCUAGAGAAAACAAUUGGUGUGAGGAAAGAAGAGCGCCGUGCUCAAUUACACAUUAUGUUUUACAUUGGGGAAAAGUCGUUGUUUGACAUGGGGCCUGCAUCGCACAGCUUUUUGCGCAUGCAAGAAAAAAUCAUGCCUAGUUUGUCCAUGAUAAAAGUAAGACCAGAGGAGGUUGUUGAUGUGUUGCAGGUACUGGAAGAAUGCAGGUUUAAUUAUCUCUACCUGCAUAGUAUCAACCUGCAUGGACAGUUGCGAGAUGUCCAUAUCUUGCCAGCCAUUGGCACCUUGCACCUCGAAAAGUGCAGGUUGGUCGAUGAUGAUGUGAAGGACCUGAUCAGCAUCCUUCCUGCUGGGCGUGGUUUAAUAGGGCUUACCCUUGAUGACAGUGCAUUCAGUUUGGAUGCAGUGAGGGCUCUCAUCGGUCAUCUCCAAGGUUUCCCAAAGUUAUGUCGGUUGGGACUUCAUAACAUCGGCCUCGAUGCUCAGCUCAUCAGACAAGUUGUCAGUCAAGGCCUCCCUCACCUGAAGGAAACAGCAGAGGGAGAUUUCCGAGCCUAAAUAAUCUACCACCAAGUCAUAACUCCCACCCUGUGCCCUAUGAAUGCACCACGUUCACAAAGUAGCACGUAUCAUGGGUCAUUUUAUGUAAAAUCAAUGCUCUGCAACCCCCCCCCCCCCCCCAA